AUGGAGUCGUCAUUGCACCAAGUCUGGGAGAGUGCCGUUGGCAAUCCCUUCGUCCCAUUGAUCGGAAAAGAUAGCCAGUUCUCCGUGGGCAUCAGCUUAUUGAUUGCGGGAAUUCUUCUCAGCGGUCUUUUCGGCCUCAACCGAUCUUUCCUGAGCAUACCACUCAUUGGAGUUCCGGCGUCAUUAGCCAUUGCGUUUGGAGCGGUCUAUAUGAUCUGUGCUGUCGGCGUUUAUGUAUAA